GAUUGGUUUGCUGUCAUAGUAAACGCGCCGCCCGCUGUUCCUUCUGCAGUUCUGCUGAGGGUUAUGCAGGCAGAGUUCUAACAAGGUAAACCUUUUUCCUUACAUGAAACAAACUUAUGGUAAUAAAAGGAAGUACUCGUUUGUUUUUAACGCGGGUGAAGGAGGAUAUUUUGAAGUCUACAUGAAGUCAGGAGGCUUGUUAUGUCGCUGUUGCUGUUUGCAUAAUACCAAAAACGUGCGGUGGCAGUUUUGUAACUGUCCGCCUGAGUGUCAUCUCAUUGCCGCCUUGUUUAUGUCUCACUGUUUUUCUAAUAAAGGAAGAGUUAAAUCUGAAGAAAUGUAACCGAAGUAAUAUUGUUGUUGUCAUGUAUAAUGCUUCUGAACAGCUCAAACAAAAUAGACAUGCACCAUAAGUUUGUGACAUUUUAUAAGGUCAUGUGGGAUUUUAGGUUUUCAGUAACAAGCUAUGCGGACGUGAACCUUUGAUUUCCAUGAGAAUGUAAAAUAAAAUGGAUUCAUCCUGUGUGUCUUGUACUGGUGAUGAAUUAUGAUUGCUGUUUUGAUGUUGAAAUUACCAUCUUCUCAAUUUAUAGGCCAACCUGUAGUGACUGCACUGUGAGAAAGCCUGCAAGAUGGGAACCAGGGUGUUUGAAAAGCCCAUGUCCAACAGUGUAUCAAACGGAGGGGCGAGGAUUAUUGUGGAAGAUGAUGAUGAAAUUCUCAGGUAUGAAGAUGAACUCUAUUUAUUCAGCUGUUGUAUUUGUCACUGUAGGGACAACAAAAUGUACUCAGUUCUGAUGGCUCUCUCUCUUUCUCCCUUCAAGUCCCACCGACCUGUCUGAGAUGUUAGCUGAGGGGACCAAAGAGUCUCAUGACAGAGCUGAGAACUGCCAGUUUGUCAAAGAUUUCCUCAGAGGUCGCAUUAAAAGGGAACUUUUUAAGGUUAUUAUGCAUAUAAUAAGCUAGUUCUGACUUAAGCCACUCUCAGUGAAUAUAGUUAUACUUAAAAAAACUAACUCCACUUUGUCAUGAUGCCACAAAUGUGAUCAGACGGAGGAGUUUCAUAACCAUAACAUAGCGGCAAUAUUUUUCCUGGGCAAACCUUUUUUACUUGCCAGUCUUCAAUGUCAUAUUACAAAUUACAGCUUCAGUUUUGUUUGUGUUUGUCCCACCUCCUCUGUUUCUGCGUCUUCUUCUAGUUGGGCACAGCAGCUCUGUACUUUGUCUACUCUGCCAUGGAGGAGGAGACGGAGAAGAACCAAGACCAUCCUCUCAUUGCACCAAUCUUUUUCCCCACGGAGCUGCACCGGCGUGAGGCCUUGGCCCGAGACCUUGAGUAUUUCUAUGGUGAAGAUUGGGAGGGUCAGGUCAGCUGAAAAUUAACAGACACUGCAUGCCAGACUCAAAGAAAACUAGACUUAAACUGUUGAAUUGAUCAUCCAGUGGCCAGGAAUUUAGCUAACUCAGUGACUAUAAGUUUUGUUUGGCUUUAAUAGUCUCUUUUUACUCACAGAUCAGCCUUUCUGCAGGAACCAAGCCUUAUGUGGACCGAAUCCAUGAGGUUGGAGCACAGGACCCUGUGCUGCUGGUUGCCCACUCCUACACCCGCUACAUGGGUGACCUUUCAGGUGGACAAAUCCUCAAGAAAGUAGCUCAGAGGGCACUGAAGCUCCCCCACACAGGAGAGGGUAUCAACUUCUAUCAGUUUGAGGGAAUCCACAGUCACAAAGGCUUCAAGCAGCUUUACAGAAGCAGGAUGAACGAGCUGGAGUUGGACGCUGAGACCAAACAGAGGAUUGUGGAUGAAUCAAACCGGGCUUUUGGCUUUAAUAUGAUGGUAAGAAUUUUUAGAAGACAGCUCUUUUACAAAAAUCACCAUAAAUUAGGUGUAGCACUGCAGAAAAGGUGCAAAGGUUAUUUGGAGGAGGGAAUAAAAAUUUAAGCUAUAAACUGUUUUAUUUUUAAAACAGGUGUUCACAGAGCUUGAGGAGAUAGGAAAAACCAUCAAAGAAGAAGUCAAAGAUGCAGGUUUUGGACACAGCCAUGCAGAGAUCAUGGAGGGAGGUGAUAUCAACAAGUGUCCCUACUAUGCAGCAAAGAUGGGUAAGACUGUGGGUCUGAAAGUAGCAGAAGUUUCGGUAACACUUCAUUGACGCCUAUCUCUUUAACGCAUUGUAAAUAUAUUUAUAAUACUUUAAAAUCACUUGAUAGCACUGUAUAACUAUAGUUAUAAACACUUAUAAAUGAUCAUAAUGCUUUAUAGCAAUAAUCAACACAUUAUAAAGCAUCUUACCAUGACUUACAAGGUCAGUUAUUAUAAUGUGCUAUAACUGAUAACAACAGUUGCAUUGCAUUAUCUAUGUGGGCAUUGUCAGUGAGUUGUUAACAGUUAUAACACAUUAUAAUACCUGACCUCGUAAGUCAUGAUAAAAUGCUUUAUAAUGUGUUAUGAUUAUUGCUAUAAAACAUUAUGAUCAUUUAUGAAUGUUAAUAACUAUAGUUAUACAGUGCUAUAAUGUGAUUAUAAUGGAUUAUACAUAUUGUAUUGUCUUGACUUACUUGCGACUAGAAAUCAAUAAACCUACAAGCCAAGACAUGGCUGAAACCGGCUAAACAUCGGUCUGUUCCAAUAAUAAUCCACAGUGAGUUUUAUUUACACCACACCAAAAAGUUCCAAAUGCACAAUUGCAUGAAAAGAUACAGGUUCACACAGAUUCGUCCUCGACAAGUGCACGAAACCCAAAUUGACGGUUAAAAACUUGUAUGCUCUCACCUGUGACAAAACACACACACCAGCCUCUAAUCAGUGCUAUAUAGGUUAAAGAGACACGAAACACUUCUGCCUCAGAUGCAUGGGAGCCACCUACUGGGAAAACAUCAAAAUUGUAUGAACCCAGAAUCGAUAUACUGCAUGAAAAAUUUAAAAUACACAAAUAUGGCACUUAACCAUAUAAAUCGGCUCCAACACAUGUAUUUAUAAUGCGUUAUAGAGAUAGGCGUCGAAUAAAGUGUUACCGAAAUUUCUAUUUAUUCAAAAAGAUAAAGUGCAGAGAGAAACAGUCUCACAGUUAUAAACAGUUAUAAAGACACCUCUGUUAUCGCCACUUGCAGUGUAACAUGUGAAACAGCUUGAAGAUGUCUGAGUGUAAACAUGCUGUGCUUUAUUAUUUUGAUUUUUAUCUUUUGCUUAGAGGUUGUAUGCAUGUAUGAACUCUAAACAAUUUGAGAAAUAAGAAUUUCUCCUUGAAGGUUCAUUUGAAACUUCAAGUCCUAACACAGUUACACUUUUACACACCCACCUCUCCUUAUUCAAGAGUUAAUUUAAGAGAUAGAACUCAAUGGUAAGCUUGAUCUGUGCACCUUUAAUACAGCAUGUGCUGAGUGUAAUACCCUUGAGCUACACUGAAGAGUAUCAAUUUGUAAAAAUGUUUGUUAGUGAUUACUGUCUCUCUGUUUUCUCUUCAUCUCUCACCUACUUCAUCUCUUCCUCUCCACAGCUGCCAGUGGGAAUCCCACCCACUUAUGUCAGUUAGCCAUGAUGCUCCUCAAACAUCCGCCCUGUCAGGUGGCUCUGGCUGCCUGGGUUGCCUUCCUGGCUGGUUUCACCGCCUGGUACCUUUUUUAGCUCGGUCUUUGUAGCAAAGGACUCUGUAACAUCAUGCCAAGUUCAAUCCUUUUCACUCCAACUCUUUUAGUCUUUUAAUAUUGUAUAAUUUAUAGAGUUAAAUGGAGAGUCAACAGAGACUUAUGGAAGCUUUGAUACAGCUACUGCAAAAUGCAAAACAUUUUCAAAGGAAAUAAAGUAUUCUCUGCAAAGAAGCCAUCUAAAUUUAUAUGCAUUUCUCUGCCAUAACAGUUGAAUGUAUAUUAUACUGCAGAUAUACUAAUGUACAGAUAUGUGUCCCUGUGUUAUUUGUUUUUAAGUUGUUCUUGACUCUAAAUAAAUGAGUUGAGUAAAGUCUGUAAAAA